AUGUGUAUUAUGGGAAAGACCAAGAUAGGGGAUUCUUCAGGAAUGUGUAGACGCAUGAUGAGAUUGGAUUUCUGGCUCACCGGAAUGGAUGGAAAGAAUCAUGGAUGUAUGUUGGUCAACAUUGAGGGAGAGGAAGUAGAGGGAGGAAGUGGAGGAAGGGCAUGUGAUAAGGGUACACAAAAUGGAGACGACUACCGGAGUGAGGAUGUACAAGACGAAAAUGAACAGAAUGAGGUUGCGUUAUGCGAGGAAAAGGAAGAAGGCGAGGGAAAAGAAGAUGGAAAAGAUGAGGAUGUAAACAAUGAAGGUAAUGGCGACGAAAAAAAGGGGCUUAAGUAG